UUUUAAUAUAUGUUUAUUACAUAAAUUGACAAACAUUAAUAACAUUACAACGUAUUGAAAAUUAGAUUAAAUAGUUAAGAAAUAAAAUAUGGUUGUGCGUGUAUUUUUUCUUCUAAGUAUUCUAUGUUUUACUAUCGUUCGAAACUUAGACAAUGGAUUAGCUCGAAAGCCUCCCAUGGGAUGGAUGUCUUGGGGAUACUAUAUGUGCGGGGUGAAUUGUAAAAACGAUAAACAGAAAUGUCUUGAUGAAAAGUUAAUUCUGUCAGUAGCUGAUAGAUUCUAUGAAGAUGGUUAUCAAGAAGCAGGUUAUGAAUAUAUCAUAAUAGAUGACUGUUGGUCACAAAAGGAACGAGACAGUCUUGGUCGUCUAGUGCCUGAUAAAGAAAGGUUUCCACAUGGAAUGAAGUAUAUAGCAGAUUAUAUUCAUAAGCGUGGGCUUAAAUUCGGUAUGUAUACAAACAUAGCCGAUGUUACCUGCAUGGGUUACCCAGGCUCCAGAGAGCACUUCCGAACCGAUGCCAAGAUGUUUGCAGAGUGGGAAGUUGACUAUUUAAAAGUGGAUGGAUGUUUUGUUUCCGAAGAUUACCUCAAUACUGCGUAUAUAAAGCUGGGUAUGCACUUAAACGCUACGGGUAGACCAAUGGUGUAUUCCUGUAGCUGGCCUUAUUACAUAGAGUUUAUACACAAUAAAAAGCCGGAUUACAGAAGUGUUGCGAAAAAUUGCAACAUGUGGCGUAAUUACCACGACGUCGUGGCGUCAUGGCAAGCCAUCAAAUCAAUCAUCACACAUUACCAAGUGAAAUAUGAGGAGUUAUAUGAAUAUCACGGUCCAGGACAGUGGAAUGAUCCUGAUAUGCUAAUUUUUGGCACGAGUUCUUUAACUGAUGGCCAAAGACGAGUGCACAUGGCCGUGUAUUCAAUGCUGGCGGCCCCCUUACUACUCUCCUGUGACAUGAACAAGAUAACUCCAUAUGAAAAGGAACUCUUGCUCAAUUUAGAUUUGUUAGCUAUCGCUCAAGAUCCUUUAGGAAUUAUGGGUAGACCUUAUGCCUUACAACCUUUACUAACGCUCUGGGUUAAACCACACCUUCCUAGGAAAGGCGAUAAAUAUCAUUCUGUCUCCUUCGCUCUCGUCAAUUUGGAUGAAAGAGAGCAUUCCGUCUCGUUCGCACCGGGACAAUACGGGUUGAAUUCAACGGAUUACACUGUUAUGGACGUAUUUACGAAAGUUUUUACAAGAAAUGUUACAUUAAAGGAUACUCUGUUAAUAAGGAUACCGCCCGAAGAUGUCAUUAUGUACACACUGUUCCCGUUAUGAUAGAUUUGGAAAUAUCUCGAAGAAAUGUGUUGAUAUGUAAAUGUACUUACUAACUACGGAAAUCCUAAUGCCUACUGUGAUUUUAAUAUUGACAAAGAAAA